CUGUACAAGAGUGAGGGGAGGAGAGAAUAUAGUAAUGGUGGUGGUACUGAUAACCCUUCCUACCACCUCUCCCUGCUCUCCCUCUCCUCUCCCACCCCUCCCUAUUGGUCCCUUCUGGCACUCGCCGCUGCGGCAGUCACAGUGAGGCCGCGGGAAACACAGCAGAGGCCGCUACCGUCGCGUUUCCUCGGUCACAAACAAACGUUCCUCGGAAGACAGGACGCCAUUCCUUGCUCGACCCAUGCACGCGGGCAUGGGUGAGGGAGCUACUUGGCCGCUUUAUGUUUGUGCUUGCGUGUGCGUGCGUGCCUCCCAUUAGCCGCCGGCGCGAGUGGUGAUAGCACGGUUAAUAAGGAACGGUGGUAUGGUGUGGGAGGUGCAAGGGUGUGUGUUUGUAGUGUUACGUGCAGUGUUACCAUACCAUCACUGAUACCGUCACCAGGACUGGACCAGCGAAUCACGCCACAUUACACCAAGCCCAUCACAACGAAAAACAGGAUGUGCUUAUCAUUCUGUCUGCGCCUCACUCACUGAAAUCCAUGAAUGAGAGGAGGAUUGACUGACAGACGCACGCAGGCCUGUAGAAAACCACUCUACAUUAGCUUGCCCAGUGUUCAAGUGUCCCUGACGAAGGAAGUGCGUCAUAGGAGAGGAAUCCUUGGGUGUCUAGUCCUUGUGGGCGGCGGUAUCGAUGACCAGGGAGGAUCGUGAUGCAGUGUCUUCAGCCUCACGCCUCCCACACGGCCAGAGAAACCAGAGUCUCCUUGCUCCUUGUACCCUGAAGCCCUGUCAUGAGGCCUGGGUAUGAUUGGGGUACCUCCUGCCUCUAGCUAAGUAAGCGCUCACCUGGACUGCCGGGGAUGCCAAACUCACCUUGACGCGCGAACAGGUAAAACUUCCGGAAGCAAACAGAGUCCACAUGGGGUGUCUUCAGCUGAGGCGAUGGCUGUCCUUCCUGCCGGCUGCCUUCGUGGUAUAUCUCCUGCUUCACUACCUUGUGUACCAGCCGGACCUCUCCUCGCCUCAACAGUCUCCGCUAAUAGAUGAGGGGCUGGCGCGCCCCAACGAGAGUGUGGUGGGGGUGGCGGGGGGGUCAAGGAGCCUGCAGAGCGGGCCCCGCGUGUUGCUCCCCCUCACCCCCCAGGAGCUGAGCGUCCCCACUCCCCUGAGCGAGGAGCCCCUCCCGGCAGAGGCCAGUCCCGGCGGGCGGCGCCCCGACGCCUCCAGCGGCACCAGCCAGCUGCCAGGUAGUGCAUCCCCCCCUCCCCCUCAUGUCCCGCUGGGGGCCCUGGAGGAGGCCAGCUCGGGGCCUCCACACAGCCCCAACCCCUCCACAUCCCGCCCCGCCCCCCUCGCCCCCCACCAUCCCCCACGCCAGACCCCUGUAGUGCUUCCCAGUCCCCGCCCGCCGCCCUUCCUGCCGGUGUAUGGCGGCCCGGCCCUCUAUCCCGCCCCGCCCCAGCCCGAUCCCCGCCCCGGCACUGCCCUCGCGCGCCAGGCACUGCAUCUCUACCACCAGCAGCACCACCAGCAACAGCAGCAGCAGCACCAGCAGGAACAGCAGCAGCAGCAGCAUCGUGAGCAGAGGGCGGGGUACCCCGGGCCCCUGGUGGCUUCCUCUUACACCCACAGCAGGGUGGUGGCCCCAAUGGGCGGCCUGUCUCCUCCAGCCCACGACGACCUGUCCCCGGUGUACGACCCCUUCGGGUACCCAGAGGGUCACGACCUGACCAUGGGGGCGGCGCCCCCUCAGCGUGCAGGUGUGACAGUCAAUCAGGGGGCAGCAGUGGCAGCACCCCAGGCAGCCAUAACUAAAGGCAGCUCCCCAGCAUCAUCAUCAUCCUCAUCGUUGUCCCCAUCUUCAUCCAACUCCUCCUCAUCUCCACCCUCACUCUCAGCUGGGCAGGGUGGAGCAGGGAAUGGGGCAGCACCUCCCAGUCAGUCCCAAGCACAGCCACCAGCACAGCCCCAAGCACAGCCUCAUGCCCCAGCACAGCCCCAGGCACCACCCCAGGUGCCCCCACACGCCCCAGCACAGCCUGUGGUGGUGCAGGGGACAGGCUCAGCAGUGCAGCCCAAGCAGACGGCAACCAAGAAGACAGCAGUUGUUCGGAAGACCAACACACUGGCUUCCUCUUCCUCACUGCUUGCGAUCAACUUCCUCAAAGGCAAACAGAAGCUUGGUGAACGGUAUGAGUCAGGCUUCAGCGUGCCCCAUGAGGAGCUGUGCCUGGACAAUGGGAGGGAGCUGAAGAUACUGGUGCUGAUCACAAGUGCCCCAGACCACCAGAAGCACCGGCUGGCCGUGCGGCAGACCUGGGGUCACUUUGGGGUGCGGCGCGAUGUGGUGCUGGCCUUCAUGGUUGGCCGCACUCUCAACAGUGACACACAGGCCAAUCUGGACCGCGAGAAUGACCUUUAUGGGGACAUCAUCCAGGCUAACUUCAUCGACCACUACAGCAACCUGACCCUCAAGACCAUCUCCAUGUUUGAGUGGGUCAAGACGUACUGCUCCGAGUCACACUUCGUCCUCAAGACAGACGAUGACAUGUUCAUCAACAUGCCGCUGCUCAUCAGCUUUGUGGACUCCAAGAGCACGGAGCAGCGUGUGCUGUAUGGCCGCAUGGCGAAGGGGUGGAAACCCAUCAGGAACAAGAAGAGCAAGUACUACAUUGAUGCUGGCACCUACAGCAGGACCAGGUACCCAGACUUCUUGACAGGGCCAGCCUACCUGUUCACCAGUGAUGUGGUGGAGGACAUCUACCACAAAACACUUGACACCACCUUUUUCCCGCUGGAGGAUGUGCUGGUGACGGGCAUCGUGGGGGAGAGCCUCAGGCUGCGGCGGGUCGGGGACUCCAGGUUCAGGAAUGAGAAGAUCAAGCUGACGGACACCUGCAGCCUCCUCAAGACCGUUUCCAUCCACAUGGUGAAGUAUGAAGAGCAGUUCGACAUCUACAAGAGGACGCUAGACGGCAAGGCCAAGUGUAAAGCGGGAUAGCCAGCCGCAGCCCGGCGCAGCACCCACCACUGACAGGCGGAGGCUGGCCGGUACGUGCACAAGCUGACAAGAUUAUGCUCAAAAACUUCUUUGGCAGUCUGUGAUUCUCCAUUGAUCGUGAUGGAAAGUGAUUGACAUUUUUGCUGACAUCUAGUCCGUGUCUCAUGAAGGACGGAGUGCGGUGCUGCCCGGCGGUGCUGAGUGGUGCUGUGCUGUGCUGCGCUGGGUUGGGCAACGCUGACUGACCAGUGGAGCUCUGAGCCAAAGAUGCGACACGACGGCCAUAUUUAUUGCUUAUCACGUGUGCCAGAGAUGAAGCUCAAGGAGUUGUGACCGAGGCAGAGUCGGUGUGUGGAUAGUGUUUGUGUUGUCUCUCCUUCACUCACCCAUUUCAAGAAAUCUUUCACACACUGUCAUAAGUAUUAAUCACCCAGAACUACUACUACAUACUACAUAGGUACGAAUCUGACUCCGUAACUUAUUUAUUUUGCAUCGUCACCAAGUUCCACAAAGGAUAGGACCCUCCCUCCCUCCCUCAUGCCUGUGAUCAUAAUGUUAUUUCUGAUUUGCUCACGUUCUUCAGUAUCAUGGCCGUGCUGCUCCACCAGGCAGAGUAUCACAAAGCGUUCCUAGCCUAAAGCAAUGCUGAGUUACUAGCAAAAGCUCUGGUGUUCAGGAGAACCACAAGAGGGGCAGCCAGCCUGAGACACCCACUGCAUUGGUGGUGGUAGGAACCCAACCUUGUGGAAUCAUUCACUCUUUAUUUUAACUGUGCUGUCAUAUAGAGCAGCAUCAUAACCUCUUUUUCUGUGAUAAUCAUGGAAAACCUCUUCAUCCUCAUUGUCAGGUGAUGGGAGUGUAGACAAGGGCAGACUGGCAGUAGCAAUGGUGUUAAUGGUGCUGCCAUAUUCUUCCCUACUGGGGCCUCCUCCUAACCCAGGCCCCCUUGUGUCUUGUGCCCAAAUGCAUCACAGGUGUGGGCAUCCCAGGGCACUGCAAGGCGUCUGUUCACUCCUCACCUUUGUGCAGCUUCGGAAAUAAGAGCCAUGUUUUGUGGAAUCUUAGGCAUUUGUGUAACAUUGGAAAAGUUGGCCAUAGCAAGAGUGUUUUCCUAAGUACUAGUAUUCUUUAUUUUGUUACCAGUUUUUUAUUAGCUGUAACUAGGCAGGUAUUUAUUUAUAAAGGUGUGUAUCGAAUCACAAAGAAGCAAGUUUGAAAUUUGUCAGGUUUUAAAGAAUAAUGAUAGUUUUUGUAUUGUCUGUCUUUUUUUAUUUUUUGACUGAAUAGACAGAUUUUUAAAAAUUGUAAUGCUGAGUUUGAACAUCAGAGGCUGAAGUAGAUUGUGGAUUGAUACAAAUCUGUUUCUCUGCUUACUGUAAUUCUGCAUACUACUUGAGAGGAAAUUAAACUACUUUAGAAUAAGAACAUUGCAUUAUACACUGCUGGUACUUUUUGAUAAACAAACAUUGUAGUGUAGAGAGUUGCCAGGAUGAGUCUCACAAAGUUUUGUAAGUAAUGUUUGUAUUGAACAGGACUGUGCUGGGGUGAGGUGCUUCUCCUAAGUUGUAGUCAAGCAGCGUUGAGAAAUUUUUUCAAAGCAACUUCUUUCCAACGACAAGAGAUCAAUUUCAAGCUGGUCUAUUUACUGUACGAAUUACAAUAUCAAAGGAUUUUUUUAACUUGUGUAUGUAGGUACAUAGAUUCAUUCAUCAUUCCUGUUGAGUAUGUUGUAGUUGUGCCAGUUUUACAUUGUGCACUUAUGUCCGGUAACACACAAGCCUGCAUUCAUAAAGGCUUUGGGCCUUCUGAAAAACUACAGGGGUCCUCACUGAGAUCCUUAUGGGUGUGAGACUUUCUUUCUCUAACAUUCUGGCAGUUUUUAUCUCUAAGAAAGACAAUUGAAUGUUAGGGAAGUGAAGCAUCAUUUAUUCAACCAUUAACUUCUCCCAUAUGUCUUAUCUCUCCCACAGCACACAGAAGAGCCUGCCUGAAGUAGUGAGGAUGAGGCUCUGAAACAUUUACGAAUGCAGGGCUUGCAGUCACGCAUGUUGUGUUGUGUGUUUAUGUUUGGCAGUUGUUAGUGAAGGUUCCUCACCUCCGUACCUCAGCAGACCCACCUGUGUUUGAUUCAUCCGCCGCAUCUCAGAACAUUGUCGUCCUCCCGUGUAUGAGAUCACCACAGCUUACCCAUAAGUUGGCAGCUAAUAGUUUGUUCUCAUACUAGUCAGAAUUUAAAAACAUGUAGGAUGUAGAUCUGCUCGUUGUUUUUUGAGAUUACGUCGCAGAUUUGGAAAUUAUUCGCUGCUGCAUUAGACUGUACAUCAGCUGCUGUUUUCUCAAUAGUCACAGACGGUACUGCUGUUCUCUGUGGUCCGUGUAUUGUGGUCUGUGACGGUCCAUCCCCUUCAAUGACAUUCACUGGAGAGUGUCAGUCCUACCAGUUGUUUGUAUGCAGAUAAAAGAUUCAUUGCUGGGAGUAAAAAAAAUCUAGCUUCCUACCUCCCUCCCUUUACAUGCAUUUCAUUAGAGAGGGUCCCCUUUACUGACAUUUGCUGGAGAGUGUCAAUCCUACCAAUUGUUUGUAUGCCAGUCAAAUUGAUACAUUGCAGGGAGUAAAAAUCUAGCUUCCUACCUCCUUCCUGUUGAUGCAUUUCGUUAGAGGGGGCAAAGUAAAAGACAUACAUUAAUGGGGGUUAAAAUCUUGCCUCCUACCUACCUUUACAUGCAUUUCAGUACAGGAAGCAAAGUGUGUAUCUUCCAGUCUCCCUCCUAGAGAACAUAUCAAAUGGUAGGUGCCCACAGCAGGUCCUUUUUGUAUACCGUAAGUUGUGUAGCCACCUUUGACAAUCUAGGCUGGGUUUGAUCACAUGGUAGGUGGGGAGUUAAGUUUCAGCAUUGUGGUUGGCUGAUCAGGGGAGCUCAACCAAGGCAUAGAUGUAAUGCAAGUUGUGAAGGUUGUGUUGGGAAGAGUAAGAUGAAUUUGAUCUAAGUACAAGGUGAUUUGUGAUUUGUUGCUGAUGGCUGUUGUUCAGAUGGUUCAGAGAUAGUUUUAAAAAGGGUAAAAAGAGGGUGGUAAAUUGUACACACACACACACACACACACACACACCUUGCAGAUUCUAAUGUAUUCAGUGGAUUAGGUUCUUUUUAUUAAUAGUAUUCAUAAUUUUGCAGCUAGACAGAAUAACACUAGCUAACAAGAAGAUACAUGUAUAUGAGUCAAAGAUACUUGUUAAAUCACACAUUCUCAUCCAUAGGUGGGUGUUAUCAUGAUAGUUUAUCGCGAUAACGAUGUCGGUUAUCGGUUAUCCAAUAAUUAUUUUUCCCGUGUUACUGAUUCAUCGGUAUCGCCGGUACUUUUGGUUUCAAACUAGCGAUAAUCAGCAAUUUUAGUUUUUGAAGCAUGAGCACGUUCAAAUUUUAAACUUUUAAAAUCAAAUGUAGUUAUUUUACUUAAAACAGUACUUUUCAUUACUGAAGAGAGGAUAAACCUUGAAUUUUAAUUCUUUUCUAAGAUUUUUCAAUUUUCUAAGAUAAAGAUAAAAAUUGAGGUGUUUAUUGAUUUUUUAUUUAAAAUAUCAGUAUUGUCAUUGCUAGUAUCAAAGUUUUGGAUUUAUCAAUUUAUCGGUUAUUGGGUAAUAAAUUCAUCACCAAUUAUCAGUUAUCAGUUAUCACUGAUAAGGUUAUUGUUAUCAAUUUAUCAGUUAUUGUGAUAAAGUUUUUCAUUAUCAUGCCCAGCUAUGAAAAUUUCAAGGUACCAACUGCAUUCAAUAGAUAACAUUUUUUUUUUACUAAUAGUAUAUGUAAUUUUUCAGCAAGACAAAAUAACACUUGUCAACAAGAAAAUAUUAGUCAAAGAUAAUAGUUACAUCACAAAUUAAUAUUUCAAGGUACCAAGUGUAUUUUGAUUUGAGUGAACCAUGCAGGAACAGAGGCAGGCAGAGAUGGCAUAUCCUCUCCACUAUUACAACAAGUAGUGUGUGGUAAUUAAUUCUACUUUAUCAGUUGCCUCCUUCCCUUCCUCCCCCUGUGUUCCUGGAAUCAUUACCUCCUCUUCAGUGAUCUGUGAUUUGCUUCUUUGUGUUUUAUAUAUUUUGCGUACCAAUGUUUUUAGAGGUGCCGGAUGAUUUGUCUUAAGCAACAUGGAAACAGUUCCAUAUUUUCGUCAGUUUUUAUUUAAGCAUUUAGUUGUGAGUGUUUUGUUUAGGUCUUUCAUUAUUCAGAAAUGUGUUGUCCUGUGCAGCAAGUUGUGUGUGAUAUUUUUUUUUUUAUUAUAUAUAUAUAUAUAUAUAUAUAUAUAUAUAUAUAUAUAUAUAUAUAUAUAUAUAUAUAUAUAUAUAUAUAUAUAUAUAUAUAUAUAUAUAUAUAUAUAUAUAUAUAUAUAUAACUUUGAGCAUGAGUUAUGAUGUCCUUUCUUUAUGUUUGAAAUGUGCAACUAAUUGAUGUCAUCUGCAUUGUUAUUGUUCACUGUAAUGUCUUUUCUUUUUGUCUUUUUUUUUUACAAUACAAGAGUUCCUGAGUUUUGUUUCAGUCCAUUGAGAGUGAAUACGAGGUAGUGGUGAGCGUUGCACUGACCUGAGGUAUCACACAGGGAGUCUGAUUUGUAUCUGCACUAGAGAACAUAUAAUGGAACACAUUUUAGCAAUAUAUACCAUACUGGGUCAUUUGUUGCACAUUUGGCAGUGUUUUGUGUAUGGUCAGGGUCUUGUUCACAUUAGAAAUGUCAAGUGACAGAUUAAACUUGUUACCAAGGACUUUCAGUUUGAGCAUUGUAUGUUGAAGAGUGUUGUGAUGAUAGGAAGUCCACCCAUUCUAAAGAGAGCUUUGUAAUCAUUAGGAACCCCUCAAUUCUGAAAUGAGUUUUGUAUUGAUAGGAGACAAACAUUGUGAUGAUAGGAAGCCCACUGGUACCUCUAUUGAGGAAUGUGAGUGAUGCAUCAGAUUACUCGCUGUAUGUUUACAUUGUGUUUCCAGAGCAGAGAGUAAAGAUGACUAGAACUGCUACUCUGAGGGCAUGGGGAGAAAUGUUGGUGAAUGUAUACCUUUACAUUGUGAUUAGUUAGCUUUUAUGGAAAUAUGUGCUCCAGAAAACUAAGAAGAAUUGGGGAGAAAUGUUGGUGAAUGCAUAUCUUUACUUUGUGAUCAGUUAGUUUUUAUGGAAACAUGUGCAGCAGAAAACUAAGAAAAAAUUGUGUUCCUUUAUUUUUGUUAAGGCAGAGAAUAUAUAAAUGCCAAGAGAAUAAUUAUGGUCUGAAAAUAUGAGAGGAAAUUGACAUGGGGAUAGAUGUUGGUGAAUGUAUAUCUUUCCAUUGUGAUUGAUUAUAGUUUUUAUGGAAAUGUGUGCAUCAGAAAACUUAGAAAAAUUUUUGCCCCAUUUCAUGGCAGAGAAUAGAUGUUAUAAGAGCAGUUACAAUCUGAAAAUAUGGGAAGAAAUUUCAAUGAAUAACAUUCUUUUCAUUGUGAUUAGGUUUGAAGUAAACAAGUGGAGUAGAAAACCAAGACCAAAAAGAUGACAACAGUGGAAGUAUUCCAUGAGGAAACAGUUGUUACUUAAGCAGAGACAUGCUGGAGUGUGUCAAGCCUGAAGUGACAGAGUUAUCAAGAGUGAGGAAAGGACUGAGGAAGAGUCAGGGUCUUGGUGUCAUCCAAGAGCUGUGGUCUCCUUUGCUGUUCUACUGUUCCCAUGCAUCUCCCCAGCUGUGGAGUGAGGGCUCCACAUCGCUCUGCUGUUCCCUGUACACUAAGGAUACAAUGAAGUAAAUUAUUGUAUGUCAGGAGGUGAGCCUUGUAGUGAGCUGGAAGGCAAUAGCAUCAUCACGUCACAUACGCCAGUCUCUCAGUCCCUCUCUUCAUUGUUGGCUGAGGUUUGGGAAAUUGUUGCACACCAGACUGGCACCACAAACCUGAGAAUCAAAAUUGCAUUGCUCACAAAUUGUCAUAAAUCCGUGUCGCUGGGUGAGGCGCCUCAGGUGGCCCACCCAUUUCCUUGUGCCUUAAAAACCGACAGGGUUUUUUAGGUUGUCCAUGAAGAAAAACAAAUCUUUUCAGUCACUGUUAUUGUUUAUUUUUCUAUGCCAAGUCUGAAGGGGAAGCUCAAGUGUAGAUUGGUCUUUGCUGCAGUUAUGAAGUGUCAGUCUUUCCUCCAAAUAUCAUUUCAAAGUUCCAAAGUGUCGGGAGUAGCAAUAAGAAGUGUGUUGCUGUGAUAUGCAGGAUUCCAGGCCAGCACUUGAUGACCACACCUUGGUGGGAGGGAAGCAUGGAAGGGUACGCUCCGUGUCUUCAACGUUGCAUUCUUUGUAAAUAAUUUCCUGAUGGUGCUCUUGCCUCCAGCUCACAGCCUGCAAGCCUCACCUUCCUUGGGAUCUAGUGCCUUACAUGGUUAGGAUUAAGUGUCCCUGCUUCACCACUUCUGAUCCCAGUCUCAUUCUCAUCUCCCUGUAAGAAUGAAUGAACACUUCUUGUUGUAAAUAAAGUAUUAUAUUUUAUAGUAAAAA